AUGAAGCACAUCAACAAAUUGGCCCUGGCUGCGGCCUGCCUACCCGGUAUGGUCCUCAACGCCGCCCCGGUUCCCGAGGACAACACCGCUGACGUGUCCUCCCAGGUUGGUGCGGGUGAGAUCGAGUCUGUCGAUCCGGGUGCUGAGCCUGCCGCCUCCAAUAACCCCGAGGGUCACGCGGCGGCGGCGACUCUCGGUGCCUGUGACUGCGAGGGCAGUGACUGUGCCGAUGUUGAGGCCGGAGGCCGCGGUGGGUAUAACACGGUUGGUGGUGACAACGACGACGCCAAUUCUACCGACAAUGGUUGCGUGGAUGGCCGUCCCGACUGCGACUUUGUUUCGCCUGAUGGACGCGGCGGGUAUAAUAUGUUUGGGAACGGCACCACGGCUGCUGAUGCCCCUGAGGAUGGCAGUAACUGUGCCGAUGUCGAAGCCGGAGGCCGCGGUGGGUACAACAUGGUUGAUGAUAACAACACCAAUUGCAGUGACGAUAGCUGCGAUGACCACCCCGACUGGAAAACAAUUUUCCAGAAGCAAGGUAAAUGUGGGGCCAGGGACGACUUUUUAUGA